GAAGGCUGACCCACAGUAUGAGCGCUGAAGUGCUUCCCCACUGACCCCAACAGGACAAGACACAACUCCAGUUGAUGUUUUGACUCUCCUAUCUGGACUCCAUCUAAGACUGGUCCCGAAGCCUGCGGUCACUACAGAAGUGGGCUUCAGAGGGCCCACCCAUAUGCGCUGGACCUCAGCAUCUACGGAGGAAACUAAGGGUUUCCGGCCUGGCCUGUUGCUGCCAACUUGAAGGUUCUCUGAGAGGCGGGGCUAGGAGAGGGGCCAGGGGAGCUUGGAGAAGCGUCCUCAGCUGCCAUGGAAACGAGGCCUGGUGCAGGUCCUAGGCCUGGAAAGAAGGCCUGUGGAAUUUAUCCCCAGGGAUUAUUAGUAUUCAGUGGCUCCUCAGAAAAGGACACCAGCUUGGCCAAGCAGUUUUGGAUCACGGCGUCAAUGUAUCCGCCUAACGAGUCCCAGUUGGUGCUGUCGGGCACUAGCAGCCAGCGUCUGCCCGUGGCCAGGUCCUCUAAGAGCAGCACCCCUGAGAAAAGUUUCUUGCAGUCUCUUUCUCUUAAGAAAAACAAGGGAACAGAUGCUAUUGAUGAAACCCUAAAGACGGAGGAGAAAAAAAAGUAUCUGGAAAAGGCUAAAAAGAGAGAUGAGAUUCUCCAACUCUUAAAAAAACAAAGAGAAGAAAGGAUCUCGAAAGAACUGAUCUCCCUUCCUUAUAAACCAAAGAGCAAAGUCUGCAAAGCAAAGAAAGUGAUUCCAGAGUCCAAUAAGGAAGAUCAAGAAGAAGUCAAAGCUUUGAACUAAAUUGAUUGACACGUUCUAGAGGAUGGCUCACUUAGAUCUUCACUUUUGAAACAACCUAGUCCUACAUCAGGAUCAUUGGGAUCAUUUGUUAAAAUAGGCAAAAAAAUAAAAGUUAAGUGUGCAGACUUCCAGGAAUUUUACCAGUUAGUGAAUAUUUGGAUCUAUUUUACUUAUUGGAUACCACUGUAUUUGACACCACACAAUAACCAUCUCUCUCAUCUUAUACAUUCUCAAACUCCUAUUUCUCUUGUUUUUAAUUGUUGUCUCCAGAAUUGCUAUAUUUGAUCAAUGUUAUGAAUAUCAGAUAAACAAGAAACAGGGCUUUAUGUGUCCCAACUAGUAGACCAGUAAUAAAAACAAUAAGCAAAUAGGGAUGAAAGGGCAAUCCUAAAAACUUUAAAGUUUUCUUGCUGUAAAAAAAAAAUCUGUUUUCCAAAAUUUGGUUUCUGGGACAUGUCUGCAGUC